CCACAGAAGAAGAAGAACCACAACCACAACCAGGAAGUGACCGCAGCAGAAGACUCAGGCAAAACAGAUACAACCGGGAACCCGUGUGUCAAGCGUCUACUCUGGACGAGCACACAUUCUGUAUUUAUAGACGCAGUUGAGCGUCUCGUUUCUGUUUGGACGAUGUCUCUCUCUAAAAAAGAGGGACACAACACAUUGACCCGUUCAGUGGUCCUCGGUGCCUUCGUGCUGUUCGUUAGCUUCGUUAGCCGAGGGGAAUGCCAAACAACUCCACCGCCAACGCCCUGCUCUUCCUACAAGAGUUGUGACCAGUGUGCUCCAAAUACAAAGUGUUUGUGGUGCUUUACCACCAACAACUGCACAGACUACCCAGUGAGCUGGCUGCUGCCGCCGCCCUCACUGUGCCAGCUGUCCCAGGCCCGUUGGGGAGUGUGUUGGUUGAACUUUGAAGGCCUGAUCAUCGCUCUGGCGGUCGUGGGGGGAGCCGUCCUCGUCAGCAUCGUCGUCUGCUGCUGCUGCUGCUGCUGCUGCAAGAAGCGGCGCCUGAGGCCUGACAGAGAUGAGGAGCGAUUAGUUCAGAGGAGGGAGGAGAAACAGCGGGCUGAGGAACGGAACGUGGAGAGAAAGGCGCGGCACGAUCAGAUCCGCAAGAAGUAUGGUCUGAUGAGUGACUCGGACCACCCCUACAGCAAGUUUGAGAACGAGUAGAUCAGCUGUCCAGCAGCACUCCCAGAGGCCUUUGCUUGCAGCUUGUGUCCCGGUUCACAGUGACACAACUCGCCAGAGCACCAAAUCAUAAAUAAUCUGCAUUCUGGUUGAGGAUGCGAUGACUUUUUAUUCCUGUUCUUCUGUCUGCUGAAAUUUCCUCAUGAGUUUGCUCUUUUAAAUAUUGUAGUUUCAUAUCAGUCUUUUCGCAUUGUAUAUAAAGAAUUGGAAUAGGAAAUAGUGAUUGUACUGUAGAAAAGAUAUGACUCAAUAAAUUCCUUCUUUUAAUCA